AUGGUUGCUGUCCUAAGGAGAACAUUUGCAAUCAUUUUCAGUGUGGAAUUCAUAAUGGGAACUUUAGGAAAUGGAUUCAUUGCUCUGACGAACAUCAUAGACUGGGUCCAAAGAAGAAAGAUUUCUUUAGUGGAUCAGAUCCUCACUGCUUUGGCCAUCGCCAGAAUCGCUCUGCUUUGGUUGUUAUUCCUAGAUUGGUGGAUAUUUGUGUAUUACCCAGCAUUUUACUCGACUGGAAAAAUGUUAAGAAUCUAUUUUAUCUCUUGGACAGUGAUCAGUCAUUGUAACCUUUGGCUUAUUACAAGCCUAAGCAAUUUUUAUUUUCUCAAAAUAUCCAACUUUUCUAACAUUAUUUUUCUUUACCUAAAGUUUAGAGUUAGAAAUGUCAUCUUGGUGACCUUGAUAGUGUCUCUAUUUCUCCUGUUCUUAAAUGUUGUAGUUGUAAAAAUAUACUCUGAUACAUGUCUUGAGGGUGUUCAACAAAAUGUAUCUCACACUUCCAGACUGUGUAACUAUGCACAGAUUUGUGAACUCCUUUCAUUUACCAAUCCUAUAUUUUCAACUGUACCUUUUGUUAUGUCCCUGGCGACAUUUUUCCUGCUCAUCUUCUCCCUGUGGAGACAUCUGAAGAACGUGCAGCACAGCACCAAAGGAUACAGAGACAUCAGUACCACAGCCCACACCAGAGCCUUGCAAACAGUCAUUAUUUCCGUACUGUUAUACAUUAUUUUUUUUCUGUCACUUUUUGUAAAAGUUUGGAGUUCUGGGUCUCAGGAAAGACACCUCAUCCUUUUGUCUGUCUGGGCUCUUGGAAAUGCUGUACUUUCUGCUCACCCAUUUGUUCUGAUUUGGGGAAACAGCAAAUUGAGGCGGGCUUCUCUUUCAGUGAUGUUAUGGCUCAGAUAUAGGCUAAAAAUUUAG